AUGGAGAUGAGGCAACCAAUCAAUCCUCUAGGUUUGUUUUAUCUGUUACCGCUCAAAUUGAUGUUGGAAAUCUUGUACAGGCUCGCCGUGAAGUCACUCUUGACACUCAAGUGUGUCUGCAAGCCCUUGAAUUCCAUUAUUUCCGAUCCUAAAUUCGCCAAAGAUCACUUUCGCUUGUCAAAGACCCGUCAUUACCACCUCCUCAUAUGCCCGUGGGAUUUUCGUAAUGAAAAGGGGUUCGUUCUCUUUGAUUCCCAACUUCCCUCCGUUUUAAACAACACAACUAGCACCAUCACGGAGACGAUGCUCAAUUUCCCUCUAAACCCUUGUGGCACUUUUCGUGUUUUCAUAGCCGCCUCUUGUGAUGGCAUCAUCUGUUUUGAAACGCGGUGUGUCAAUGACAACCAUGGUAAUCUUGUAUUUUGGAACAUUUUUACUAGGAAGUUCAAGAUAUUGCCACCUUUGGAAAAUCUACCUUAUAGUUCAUUUGAUGUUGUAUACAGUAUCGGGUAUGAUUAUUUCACCGAUAGUUAUAAGGUAGUUGCCAUUUCGUUCAAACAAAUCGAUAAUUCUUGCGAAACUGAAGUUAGGGUUCUUACUUUAGGUACCAACUCUUGGAGUACGAUUCCAUGCUUACCUUCUCAACUACUCAUGGGUGAACUCGAAGUUUCUCCAGGAAAAUUUGUAAGUGGAACCAUUAAUUGGGUCAUACUAGAUAAAAAGAACAACAAUUCAUGGGUCAUUCUUUCUCUUGAUUUAGAAAAAGAGUAUUAUCAAGAGAUUUCGCAGCCUGAUUAUGGUCUAGAUGAACCUCUGCUUGAAUUCCACUUGGAGGUUUCUAGGGAUUGCUUAUGCAUCCUUGCUCAGACUAAAACUUUUAUGGGCGUUUGGGUUAUGAAGAAUUAUGGAAAUAAAGAUUCUUGGACUAAAUUGUUCAAUAUUUCUUUCGCGACGGAAUUUGGUCAUGCUGAUUCCAUCAAUCAAUUUUAUAUUUUUGAAGAGGAUGACCAAUUGAUUUUGAACUUCUUUGAUCAGGUAUAUGUUUACAAUUACAAGAAUCACACUACAAAGACUCCUAACAUUCAAUGCCUCCUUUCAACUUCAUUCAUCUCUAAUGUCUACGUUGAGAGUCUCAUAUCACCUUGA